AUGCUGCUAUCAGUUUUAAUAUUGCCGAUGAUGUGACCAGAUAUUGCCAUUCAGAAAUUUGGGUAAAAGUUUCAGAGAUUUUACUUUACAAUCUGUAGGACCAUCUCCACAAUUGUACAGAAAAAAGACAAAUGCACAGAUUUGAAUGUUACAUCCUCCUUCCUGGCUGCCCCAUCACAAACGGGACGCAGGUAGUCGCCUGAAAGAUGAAGAGAGAAACAGAGCGAAGCAAUGGAAAAGGACUGCGACGGAUGGCUGAGAGCAGGAGGUUGUUGUAAUGUUACACGAAGACCAGCGAGGAUGCCGAAGUGGAGCGCAACUACGCGAUUAAGUUGAACGAUUGUGACUGCGUGCAGAAACUGCAUCAUCAUUCCAUGAGCAGCGGCACCGAGACGGCCUCGACUGGCCUCGGCUGCGCCGCGCGUGUGCGAGAGAUCUUCCGCCCACUACGUCGUUUCCCUCUACCUCCGGCACGUCGGCCAGAGCCAGUCGGUCUGAGUCAGUCGACGCUCGUGGAAUCGCCGGACGGAAUCACGCGCGGCGUCAGCGAUAGCGCGGUUGUGACGAAAGCGCGUAAUUCCCGCGUAGCGGGGCCGCCUGCGGCUAAUUUUUCCUGCCUGCCUGCCUGACUACCUGCGUCGCAGGGAAAGGACCUUGUUGUGCAGGACCGUUUCGUUGCUCUUUUUUCUCGUCGCCGUCACGAUUCCGCUGACACGAACAACGCGUCGCGCACAGUGCGAGAGUACGCAGCGCUGGGUCCAAAAGUAUCUCAGCAUGUUUUGUGCAGCAGAUGGAUAAAGCGCAAUAUAUACCAAAUAUAUACAGUCAUGGAACAGUACAAUGGUAUGAGUGAUGGGAAUAUUAAUAUAAGUGAUAUUAUUGAAGCCAUCCAAACCACAGAUCCUGUUUCUAUGGCCACUAUAGCGAUGGACAACGAACAUGUUCAACAGUACGUUGAGAUUUUAGAGCAGCCUGCCAGUAAGGCUCUACGGUUUCGCUAUGAGUGUGAAGGCAGAUCGGCUGGCAGCAUUCCUGGAGUCAACAGUACACCGGAGAACAAAACCUUUCCUAGUAUACGAAUUGUAGGCUAUAAAGGACGUGCUAUGGUGGUUGUGUCCUGCGUGACAAAGGACGCACCGUACAGACCUCACCCUCAUAAUCUUGUCGGCAAGGAAGUAUGCAAGCAGGGUGUUUGUACAGUAGAAGUUCCGGCAGGUAACAUGGUUGUGACUUUCUCGAAUCUAGGCAUUCAAUGUGUAAAGAAAAAGGACAUCGAAGAAGCUCUCAAAGUGCGUCAGGAAUUACGAGUGGACCCCUUUCGAACUGGCUUCGAACAUAGGAGACAUCCUACUAAUAUAGAUCUCAACGCGGUGAGAUUGUGUUUCCAAGUAUUUUUGGAAGGCUCGCAGAAAGGAAAGUUUAAUAAACCAUUACAGCCUAUUGUGUCCGAUCCUAUUUAUGAUAAAAAGGCCAUGUCAGAUCUUGUAAUUUGCAAACUGAGCCAUUGUAGCGCAUCAGUCGCUGGUGGGCUGGACAUGAUUUUGCUUUGUGAAAAAGUUGCUAAGGAAGAUAUAAAAGUGAGAUUUUUCGAGGAGAGGGACGGACAAUUAGUUUGGGAAGGAUUCGGUGAAUUUCAACCGACGCAUGUACAUAAACAAACGGCUAUUGCAUUCAAAACACCAAGCUAUCGCCCGCAGCAAGUGGAGGACGUGGUGCAGGUUUACAUCCAGCUUCAAAGGCCGUCGGACAACGCUACGAGCGAACCGCUACCGUUUCAGAUGUUACCUCUCGGUACAGGUAGGCCUGCUUUCUGGUCUUUGCGGAAAGCAUUCGCGAGAAAGAAGGCAGAUUACAAUACCUUCAGUAAAAUCUUCUCUACGGAGAGUGCUCUUCUUACCAAUGUAGCUCCAAAGUUCCCUCGUAAUAUCGACGAGUUCAAUAAUAACGAGUUUGACGCGAAAAGAUCGAGCAACAAAAUCUCUGCAUUGCGCGCUUUGAACGACUUGUACAAUGUAAAGAAUCACGCGGACUUGUGUAACGGCGAUUUGAAGGCGACGAUUAAUUCUGCGCAGAAUGUAGACAGUAUCGCGAGAAAUGCCAUUUUGAAUUACGAGAAUAACGAAGCGACGAUAAUUCCUGAAAGAAACGCGGGCGAUAACAAAGAAAUUGACAAAUUGUAUAUUCUUGGCAGUAACAAUGUACAGAACAAUACCUUCGCCGGCGAUUAUAAAGACGGAACUGUCGGUGCCGCGAGAUCCAACGCACAGAAUGGCAGUACAUCCGCACCGAAGAAUAAUUCGAGAAACAGAUCCGAUUGGUUCGAUUACUCCGAAAUCGGCAAGUGGGUGCAGAAAGGGCAGGAGUGUCUGAAGGAGAAGAGCGGCGAGGAAAUUAAGAACAAUGAAUUUCUGUCGCAAGUGGCCGAGCUCGAUCAGAUUUACGCCGAUACGCACAACAAACUGAUACAAUCCGCCACGGAGACGGGCGCGAAUCCGCAGAUGAUGGACGUCGACGUCUGCGACAAUCAGACUUACACCAGUCUGCAGAUGGCGAUGAAGAAUCCGAUCGAGCUGUUCGACAUCGCCGACGACAGGAAGUACGAGGACGUGGCCGUUCCGAAGCAGGACGCCGAGAUGCCCGCGGCGUCGCCGACGCUGGCGUCCAAGAGGGACGUGACUCGCGAGGCGGAGGAGAGACUGCCGCCUCUGCCGCCGAAACGGAUACGCAAGAUGCCGUCGAUGCCGCUCCUGCCGCGUCCCAUAUCCGCUCAAACGCUCGCCGACGCCCCCGUCGAGGCGCCGAACAAGAAUCUGCCGUCCUUGCCCGGCACUCUGCCCAAGCACGCGAAACAGGGCCUCUUCUCGAAGCUGUUCGCCAAAAAGAGCAAGAAGGACGGCAAGUGCUCGUCGCCGGAUCUCAACAGCGAUUCCUCGCUUAAUAACUUGCUGAAGAGCGCCGCGCAGGACGCCGCGGAGCUGCAGCUUCCGCGUUCCAGCAUGACGAGCGUCACGAGCGUCAAGUCGCUCAAGCUGGACGACGAUGAGAUGUACGGCGCGGAUUUAACCGAAGCCGAGCACUACGCUCUGUACACCACAAUGGCGCCGCACGCGACCGCCUCGGAGUUCGACGAAAUGUCCUUCUACUACAGCCUGGUCGAAGGCGGAAAGAUACUGAUGGAAGCGAAAGAGACUUAAGCCACUUGUUUGAUUGAGAUUUUUUUACAUACUGCCAAUUGAAAAUUGAAAGUAACUCAAUAUUUGUCUGCGGAAGGAGUAUUGUUUUGAAUCUGCCUUGUCGAAAUGUAAGGAAUAUUGUCUCGCAUUGCAACUGAUCUUUUGCUGACAGCUCUUGUUGUAAGAAAUUUACAGAGUUUUGAUGACUCGUGUUUAUAAAGAUACGUCUGUAUCGUUAGACCAAAGAUUUUUUUUUUUUUUUAAAGGAAUAGAAAAAUGAAGAAUCUCUAUUUCUUGAUUGCCACGUAGAAUGGAUCGAUUCUUGCUGUAAUAUCGAUGCAUUUACCUAAGCGUGCAGAGUUCUAGUCUAGUCAAAGCGCAAUUUGUUAUCUUUCACUUAAUAUAUAUAUAUACUCUUUUAACGGUUUUUACAAGUGAUUUAUAAGCUCUCAGUAAUUGUUAUUUAUUAUCGAGUAGUCGUUCUUUUUUCUAGUCAAGUUCUACGCUGUUACAUUUUCGUAUACUCUCAAUGUGCGUUGCUUUGCUAUCUGUUGUUACGUUUUACAUGAUAUUACGAGUUUAUACGAUUGAAUUUUUCCUUCAGGUAUCGUUAUAGACUGCUAAUCUUAAAAAAAAAA